AGUUCCGGGAUCUGGCGCUACUUCCCACGAUGGAAAAGGAACUGGGAAAGCCUUACAGGGCGUAAGAAUACGUCGGAGUUACACGUCGCCACUAGCAGGUGCACAGCGUUGGGAAGUCUUACGUCCGAGGCGAGAGAUGGCAUAGCAUAUGGCGUUUUCUCUUUAAAACUAUAGGGGAAAACGAAAAGGCACGUCCUCCAGAAACCUUAGCGUGCUUUCGCUAGAAUAAUGUCACGAGUGGCGAUCAGCUGACUUGUUUACUCCCAGGUGUCCCACCAUAUUGAACUCAAUCAGCAAAAUGUCAGGUACCUACACACCAGCUCCUGGUGGGCCAUUCUCGGCUCUUACCCCAAGCAUGUGGCCCCAGGACAUUUUGGCCAAGUACCAUCAAAAAGACUCUUCACAGCAGCUUGAACUCCAGUAUGAUGAAUUUGGCUUUAGAGUGGACACAGAGGAUGGUGGGGAGCCUAGGUCUUGGCUGGGCACUGAGGGCUCGCCCCAGCGUGAAGACCCCCAGCAGCGACUGCGUUGGCAAGCCCACCUGGAGUUCACCCAUAACCACACAGUAGGUGACCUGACCUGGGAUCUUAUUGAUCCUGUCCUUCCACGCUCUGAGCGUUUGCAUUCCUUGGUGCUAGGAGGAAUACCUCAUAGUAUGAGACCACAGCUUUGGAUGCGUCUGUCUGGAGCCCUUCAAAAGAAGAGGACCUCUGAGAUCUCUUACAGAGAAAUCAUCAAGAACAGCUCUAAUGAUGACACCACAGUUGCUAAACAGAUAGAGAAGGACUUGUUACGGACUAUGCCAACCAAUGCGUGUUUCAAUAGUCUGACCAGUGUUGGAGUGCCAAGGCUGAGACGUGUACUGAGAAGCCUAGCGUGGCUCUACCCUGACAUUGGGUACUGUCAGGGAACUGGCAUGGUGGUUUCCUGCCUGCUGCUCUUUCUCGAGGAGGAGGAUGCACUAUGGAUGAUGUGCGCCCUGAUUGAAGAUCUUCUUCCUCCAUCUUACUUUUCCUCCACUCUGCUGGGUGUUCAAACGGACCAGAGAGUUCUCCGCCAACUUAUUGUUCAGUACCUGCCAGCCCUUGACCGCCUUCUGCAGGAGCAUGACAUAGAGUUGUCACUGAUCACACUGCACUGGUUCCUGACAUCAUUUGCCAGUGUGGUGGAUAUCCGUCUGCUCCUUAGAAUCUGGGAUCUGCUCUUCUAUGAAGGGUCACUUGUGCUUUUCCAGGUGACACUGGGCAUGCUCAAGAUUAAGGAGGAGGAACUUGUAUCAUCAGAGAACUCUGCAUCCAUUUUUAAUACUCUUUCGGAUUUGCCGAGCCAGCUGAGAGAUGCACCUGCAGUUCUAGGGGAGGCUAUGAGGCUAGCAGGGACACUCUCCCAAGAAACUCUGGAAGCUCACAGACACAAGCACCUAGCCUACAUCCUAAAUGAACAGGCACAGCUCAGCAACGGCAACAACACAACACUCAACACCAAUCUCAACAAGGUGGUGAGGAGGCAGUCGCUGCGCAGGAAAUCCACCCUGACCUCCCUGCUUUUUGGGGAGGACGAGGCAGAAGCUCUGAAGUCAAAGAACAUAAAGCAGACUGAGUUGGUGGCCUCCUUGCGAGAGGCCAUAUCCCGCAUUGCAGAGCACUUCCAUUGCCUGGAUCCACGCCACUCCAGCACUGAUCUGACUCCAGACUACUCCAUGGAGAGUCAUCAGCGGGAUCAUGAAAACUUUCUUGUGGUAUCUCGCAACCGACGGAGACGGGCAAAGGCUUUGCUGGACUUUGAGCGUCAUGAUGAUGAUGAACUGGGCUUUAGAAAGAAUGACAUCAUCACUAUUAUUUCGCAAAAGGACGAACAUUGCUGGGUUGGUGAACUCAACAGCCUUAGAGGCUGGUUUCCAGCAAAGUUUGUUGAGAUUCUUGAUGAAAGGAGCAAGGAGUACUCACUAGCAGGUGACGACUCUGUGACAGAGGCAGUGACAGACCUGGCCAGAGGGACUCUAUGUCCAGCUCUGAAGGCUAUCUUCCAGCAUGGUCUGAAGAAACCAUCUAUACUUGGAGGGCCAUGUCAUCCCUGGUUAUUCAUAGAGGAGGCGGCCAGCAGGGAAGUAGAGAGGGACUUCAAUUCUGUUUACUCCAGGCUAGUCCUGUGUAAAACCUACAGGUUAGAUGAAGAUGGAAAAGUACUAACACCAGAGGAGCUGCUUUACAGAGCAGUGCAGUCAGUCAACAUGAGCCAUGAUGCAGCACAUGCCCAGAUGGAUGUCAAGUUUAGGUCUCUUGUGUGUGUUGGCCUGAAUGAGCAGGUGCUGCACUUAUGGUUGGAGGUGUUGUGCUCCAGCAUGGCGGCUGUAGAAAAAUGGUAUCACCCAUGGUCAUUCCUUCGUAGCCCCGGAUGGGUUCAAAUCAAGUGUGAGCUCAGGGUCCUGUCAAAGUUUGCCUUCAGUCUCUCCCAAGAUUGUGAGCUUCCCGACAAAAAAGAGGAAAAGGAGCAGAAGCCACUGAAAGAGGGAGUGCAGGAUAUGUUGGUGAAACAUCACCUGUUCAGCUGGGACAUUGACGGAUAAAUGUGCAGCAAGAAUGGCUGAAACCUAUGACUUGGUCUCAAAGUCAUAGCUUAGCUUAGCCUUUUAUUUUUUUUCUUUAAAUGUAAAAAAAAAAGUGCAGAGACAAGAAAUGUAGACUACUACUGUCAGCCUGCUAAAAGAAGUGACUGCUUCACCAACCGGUUCACCCUCUCAUCCUGUGUCAGUUUUGGACAAUGGUAACACCCAAAUGACUGAAACUCAACUGGUUUGUGUUGGCUGAAGCAUGUGCACAUCAUUGUACAUAAUUUAAACUGAUCAAUACCCAGUACUGGAGGUUUCACUGCAAGGUUUAAAAUACAUAUAUAUCUAUAUACACAUCUUACACACUCCUGCCAUAGAAAGAGAGUUUACCGUUAGGACAGACUACAACAUAUGCCUGAACAGCAUUUUUUUCAGUACCUGCAGCUCAUGGUGCAUGAGUGGGUGAGAAAUACAAUCUAUUCUUUUAUUCUGCUCAUAAUGUUGCCAUGACGAACACAAGUUUUUGUAACAUUAUCCUAAAUUCCCUCCGCAUCAUCCUUUAAAGAUUUAAGGCCAAACUAGAACAUUACUAAACACAAAGCUGUAAAGUUACAAACUAUUUUUAAGUGGAAUGUAUUUUACCUCAGUAUCACAAAUUCCACAAAAUACUUCAUUAAAUGUUGCACAUGCCAAGUAAAGCCUUGUGACUUUGUGAUAUAAAACUAUGGGUAUGUGUGCUACCUAAGCAGUGGUAGUAAAACGUCUGUCUUGUGUAAUAUAAUGUACAUGAAGCAGAUAAUUUGUGUUACACCUAUAUAUGUAUAAAAGAUAACUACACAUACAAAUCUA